AUGGGCAAGAUCAAGAAGAAGGGAGAAAGCGGAGCCGUCAGCAACUUCAUCACCCGCACGGCUGCCGUGAGGAAGCUGCAGGUGUCUCUGGCAACAUUCAGACGGCUUUGUAUAUUGAAGGGAAUCUAUCCCCGUGAGCCCAAGAACAAGAAGAAGGUCGGCAAGGGCUCGACGGCGCCGAGAACGUACUAUUACCGCAAGGAUAUCCAGUAUCUCUUGCACGAGCCUAUCCUAUACAAGCUGCGUGAGCAGAAAACCUUUGCCAAGAAGCUCACCAAGCUCAUUUCGAAGAAGGAAUGGUCGUCCGUCGACCGUCUGCGUGAGCAAAAGCCCAACUACACAGUCAACCAUCUCAUCAAGGAGCGCUACCCGUCCUUUGUGGAUGCCAUUCGAGAUCUAGACGAUGCGCUGUCAAUGGUGUUUUUGUUCUCGACGCUGCCUGCCGGCGACAAGGUCCAAGCGCAUCAUGUUCAAAAGUGCCAGCGCUUGGCGGCUGAGUUCCAAAACUGGGUGGUGACCAGCCGUGCGCUGAAGCGGGUGUUCCUGUCCAUCAAGGGAAUCUAUUACGAGGUCGAGAUCAAAGGCCAGCCGGUCCUCUGGAUUACGCCAUACCAGUUCUCGCAAAACAUUCCCACCGACGUGGACUUCAGGGUCAUGCAGACGUUCCUGGAGCUCUACGAGACGCUCCUCGGCUUUGUCAACUUCAAGCUGUAUUCCGAGCUCAAUCUGAUCUAUCCGCCAAAGCUGGAUGACAGCUUGGAGUCUGGCGCCGUUGGUCUCAGCUCGCUGAUCCUGCAGAGCGCACAGGGUCGCGAGGUCCUGGACGCCCUUGAGAAGAAGCAGAACCAGGCCGAGCCCGAGGUUCGACCUACCCAUCAACAAAAAGCCAAAACCGGCAAGCGACUGGAGAGUCUGAAUGCAAAGAUCAGCCAGAUUCAGUCCACCGACGAUAACGACAGCAAUGGCAACGACGACGGAGCCGCUGGGCCCGAGGAGGACGAGAACACCCUCGGUGACAGCGUUCCUCAGCCCAUUGCCAGCGCCCAGGCCGACGCGGAUAUUUUGCCCUCGAUCUCUGAUAUCAAGCACGAGCUCGCCAGCGCCGAUGCAAUGCAGAAGCUAUUCUCCGGAUGCAUCUUUUGGCUGUCUCGCGAAGUGCCCCGGUACUCGCUCGAGUUUGUGAUCCGGGCAUGUGGUGGCCAAGUUGGCUGGGAUGCAACAUCGGGAGCGGGAUCGCCGUUCCGCGAAGAUGACCCGCGCAUCACCCACCACAUCAUCGACCGCCCCCUGACCGACAGCUCCAGCAAGAUCGAUACUCGCGAGUAUCUCCAGCCUCAGUGGAUCUACGACUGCGUCAAUGCCAAGUUCCUGGUCAAGACGCGCGGGUACCACCCUGGCGAGGUUUUGCCCCCGCACAUGUCGCCCUUUGCUGUCCUCCGAGAUGGCGAUUAUGUUCCUCCGGAGGCUCAGGCCAAUGAACAGGAAGCCGAGGGAGCCGAGAAGGGCGAAGAUGAAGAUGCAGAAGGUGUCGAUGACGAGGAUGACGAAGAUGAUGAAGACGAUGUUGAGGAAGAGAACGAUGGCGAUGAGGACGAAGAGGCGAUUCACAAGGCAGAGCUCGAAGCCGAAGCUGCCGGUGUGUCCUUCUCAGAGUAUGUCCAACAAAAGGGUCUCACCGGCGCGGGCAAAGCCAAUGCCGGAAGCAAGAAACGCAAGUCUACUCAGGAAGACGAAGAAAAGGAGCUUGCCAAGAUGAUGAUGUCGAAGCGUGACAAGCACCUCUACAGCAAGAUCCAGUAUGGCAAGAAGCGCCGCGAGGUGGAGGCCGAGAAGCUGCGUGCUCGCCGCCAGCAGAUCGACAAGGAGGCCAAGCAGAAGCAGCAACAGCAGAAGAAAGCCAAGAAACCAACGCCAAAGAAGUAA